AUGGAUGGAGCAAAUUAUUCUUCUGUGACAGAGUUUGUGUUCCUGGGACUCACCAAUUCCUGGGAGAUCCAGCUUCUACUCCUUGUUAUCGCCUCCAUAUUUUAUGUUGCCACCAUUAUAGGCAACUCCCUUAUUGUGUUCACGGUGGCUAUGGACUCCCACUUACACUCUCCCAUGUACUUUCUGUUGGCCAACCUCUCCUUCAUUGACUUGGGUAUUUCUUCGGUUAUUUCCCUCAGGAUGAUGUAUGACCUUUUCAGAAAACACAAAGUCAUCUCCUUUGGUGGUUGCAUUGCUCAGAUCUUCUUCAUCCACGUCAUUGGUGCCGUGGAGAUGGUGCUGCUGAUAGCCAUGGCUUUUGACAGAUAUGUUGCUAUAUGCAAGCCUCUCCACUACUUGACCAUUAUGAAGCCAAAAACAUGUGUUCUGUUGCUGGUGACUGCAUGGAUAAUUGGCUUGAUCCACUCUUCAGUUCAACUGGUUUUUGUUGUAAAUUUGCCUUUCUGUGGCCCUAAUGUGUUGGACAGCUGUUACUGUGAUUUCCCUCGAGUGAUCAAACUUGCCUGCAUGGAAACUUAUAGACUGGAGUUCAUGGUGACGUUUAACAGUGGAUUUAUAUCUCUGGGAUCAUUCUUCAUAUUGGUGCUGUCCUACAUUUUCAUCUUGAUCACGGUUUGCAAACACUCUUCAGGCAGCUCGUCCAAAGCCCUUUCUACUUUGUCAACUCAUAUCAUGGUGGUCACUUUGUUCUUUGGUCCUUGUAUAUUUGUUUAUACUUGGCCCUAUCCCACAUCACAUAUAGACAAGUUUCUUGCAUUUUUUGAUGCAGUUUUCACUCCAUUUCUGAACCCAGUUAUCUAUACCUUCAGGAGCAAAGAGAUGAUCAUGGCAAUGAGGAGAGUAUGUAGUCAACUUAUCAUUUACAGAAGAAUUUCCUGA